GGGGAAAGAAUGUCAAGAAUUUGAAAAGGAAAGAUUAGAUAUAAGAAAGUAUACAAGACCAGUAAAUUUAUAAAAUUGGGGUUUUUAGUAAAAAAAGGGAUUGCUCGAAUUUUUAAGCAGGGGGGUUCAAAAAAUUUCAAGAAAAAAUUUUUUAUGUCAAGGAGCAACACCAAAAUAUAAUAUCCUCCCUUCUUUUGGAAAUAAUUAUAUUAAAAUUAACCCAUUAAACUACGAAAAUUUGCUUUAAGUACUGGGUACUGGGCAUUCUGUGCUUCCGACUAUUAAGUUUUUCAAAUCUGGCUACGGCUCCAACCUGUUCCGAAUCAGCAAUAUCCAACACUGAUUUCUUUUCCCAAAAUCCAGGACCAAACAAUUUUUACCCCCACUCAAACAAUUCGAGCACCCUUUAAUCUAAUGGAAAGCAAAAAAAAUUCUGAAGAACCCUUAAUAUUAAAGGGGAAAAUUAUUAAAAUGGGAGGAAUUUGCACACAACUUUUGUGUCUAGUGUUGGUUAGUAAAAAAUACACAAGAAAAGCCAAAAUAAAUGGCUUGAAAAUUUAACUAGUUUUUAAAAUCAAACCUCUCGUUUCCUGAAACCUUUGUUUUUAACCAGACUCCUCAUCAUUAUUAUUUCCUUUCCCACAAAUUUGUUGAUUAUUGUGAGAAUUGUGACCAGAAACUGACGGACCUCCUCCUUGAUCAUUUGUAUUAUCAUCUACACCGCUCAAAUUACGUCCACCAAUACGCCAAGUAUUUUUUGCUGGGAGUAAAACAAUUUAUAGAAACCAAGCCACGACGAGCAGAUUCAGUUGAUGACGGUUUUUGUUGAAUAGAAGGAUCAUCAUUCUUACAAUGUGUACAACCCCCAAAAGUUAAAAGAGCAUUUAAUGUUUCUUCGUAUAUACGUGCUUCUGGAAAUUCAACUUUUGUUUGUUUCUUUUCUGGAGUAUAAACAAUUGAAGUACAAGAAAUCUGAAAAAAAUUUUGUGGCUUUUUGUGGUUUUACAAGUUUGGUGGACAGACAUUUUUUUAUAGAAAACUUGUUCUAAAUAGAAAUUUGACUCGAUUUAAGACACCGGAACCAGGUGUGGUAUGGCACGUCCACAAAAAAGCCGCUUUGCGUCUUGCGUCAAAAAAUAACAUCCAAAAGGAGACAAAAUCGCGCGUGACUUUUAUUUAUAGAAACCGUUUUCCUGUGCUUCCUG